AUGAGCUCUGAUAAUGAUAGACGUGACGCAAGAUUGCGUGAUAGUCGUAAGGAAUCCCCCGACAGAUGGGGCAAGGGAGGCAGGCAUGAUAGUGAUGCGGCUACAGAAACCAACAGAAAUGAUCCCCAAUCUAUUCGCUGUCGAGUUUUUAUUGGCAAUCUUCCAUCCGAGAUGAGCAGCAAGGAACUCAAAGAAACUUUUUCUCAAUAUGGCCCUGUGGUAGGCGUAUCAGUUCAUAAUAACUUUGGAUUUGUCCAGUUUGAAGAUGACAAAUCAGCUGAUUCAUCUGUUGCAAAGGAACAUGGCAAAGUUUAUUACGGCAAGCGAGUAGGUGAGUGAGCACCUCAAGAACUCCUUUGGCAUCCUCAGAAUCUACAAGACUUUUUCUUUUUCAUCUCAACAGUCGCAAGCACAGCUGGAACCAAGUUUUUAUGCAGGAGGGAGUACGGAUUUUUCUUGGACAAUCCCUGUUUUGCCUUUUUGACCUUUUAUCUCUUUGUACUGUAUUUUUUUUUUGGUUAUUUGCCUCCAGUGCAGUUAGGAGAAAUAUUUUUGUUCAAAAUGGACUCUGCUUUUAUUAAUCAAGAUGUUUAAGUUCCAUUUUGUCUACUGAUGUAAUGUUAUAAUCAUAGUUCUUGUAUUUGUGGAAGAGUGCCCUUUGUUACAGUUUAGGAAAGGAAAUAUAUUCCAAAUAUACACCAGGGCCUUUACAGAAGUUGAAGGCUGUGGUUGCUUCCAAUAUGUGAAUAAUUUAUCUUCAUGAUUAGCUCCAGGGUGUUUCAAUUUGAGAGGGAAACUGAUGCAUAGUUUUAUCAUCAGCAUUUCUUACAUAACACAUUCUUUUAAAUUGUCUUAGGAAGUGCACCAAAUUCAGACUGAAUUAGAACAGAGAAGUUGUUCCUUUUUAUAAGGUGUUUGUCUGGCAGUGGGAAUUAGUCAAGUUUUGAACUUUAGAGUUUGUUCUUUGAAAAGUGCAGUCAAGGUUAUAGUGCAAUGUUCUUCCAACACAUUGCAGUUAAAAUCGUACAUCCUGUUCAAACACUUGUGACUUGGUACAUAUGGUGUCACUUGCUUUCAACUUCGUUGAAUUGAUUCACGCAUGGUUUUCUUUUGGCUUGUCCAUUCCUUUUAUCACUUCUCACUUCUCUUAAACUUGUCAUUUGGUUUUCCUUGAUCUACUGUAUCGGAGGCAAAUUGCUAGGUUGUGGUGAUUGCCACAGCUAACAACCAAAGGCAGAAUGGCCUAGAUAUCUCAAUUCUCUUUUUAAUCUUUAAAACAGUUGUAUAACAUUUAUAACUUUCUUUGACUGAAGGUUGUGUUUACAGGGAUGUUGGUAAGGAAAAGCUAAGCAGGCCUUUUUAUUAGUCAAGCCAGGGUUGUCAGAAAGGUUUGAAGUAGAUGGCUGAGUUGUCAAAGUAAGCAGCCCAGUCCAGAGAUAUUUUUUGAAAAAAAGGCCAUCCAUAAAGAAAUGCCAAGCAGAGUAGCUGGCGAUUUUCGCUGGCAGCUGGCUACUUUUGACAACCCUGGCAAGCUGGAUUUAUUAGUCAACGACAACUUCCAAACGUUUCCUCAUGUCUUUGUUUUGAGCUGGUGGUAAGCUCUUUUUCAGCCUGUGAAAUCAGCUGCCAGCCAGCCCUUGGAGACAUUCCCGUGUUUAUUUGCCGGUCUGCCACCUAAAUCUAAAUCAGCUCUUAGUUGCUCCAGCCAGCUCAUCUCUACAAAUUGUACAACAUUCUAAUUCUUGAUGUUAACAAUAUUAUGUCUUUUUUGUUGUAGAUGUCAAUUUAGCUGGAGAUCGAAGAAAACCAAACAAGAUGGAUGACAGACCAAGAGAUAGAGACAGCAGGCCACCAUUUCCCUUCAGAAGAGAACGUGAAUUUGACCGCGAUGGUAGACCAUUUAGAAGAUCUCCUCCCCGUGAAAGGCCCAGGUUUGAGGACUAUGACCGUUUCCCCUCACGUUUUGAGCCUCCGUUUGAACGUCGUGGCAGGUCCCCUUCUCCACCUCCACCUCGUAGAAUGGAUGACCGACCAGGUUAUGGUCGGCACGAUGAUUACUACAUGAGAGACCGUUACAGGGAUGAACCUCCCCACCACAGAGAACCAUACCCACGACAAUCCUAUGACCACAGGGGUGAUGCGUUUGACCGGGAUCGACGUGAUCCAUAUGACUCCCCAAGGGGACCAUAUCCUGAUAGACGAGAUGAUCGUUAUGAACGCUAUGACUCGUAUGGGCAUGAUUAUCCACGGCCUGACGAUUAUCCAGGUGCCGCUAAGAGACCCAGAAUGGAUUACAAUGACCGUCCAGAGGACUCAUACAGCAGUAGUAAAACCAUUGAAGCACCAACAGACUGUGUCAUAGUAGUGAUGAAUAAACAGCAAAGGUGAGUAUUAAUGAUUAUUAAUAAGUUACAUUUAUGUGUACAGAUAGAGUACAUGUACACUAGUUUUGAAGCUCCUCCUUUGAACAGGUAAGCCCUUGUUUCCAUCCCUCAAACUGCCUUUUCCUUCUCACUUACACUUGUAUUAAAUUUCUCCUGAAGUUUCUGGAUUUGACCUUGUUUUGAUACAACCCUUCCUGCUUUAUGUCACUCCAUGUUAUUCUUAUGCUAACUGGUUUUUUUAACAGUGAUUUUCUUAAGAAAAGGAAAGAGGUUUGUAUCAAAACAAGGUCAACCUCAGCCUCACAUGCUCUCAGAGACUAGGGUACUAAGCUCAUAACUGUGGAAUGGUCUAUUGCAAGCUGCAAAAUUUGUGUAGUGGAAGGAAAGAAAUUCCUUGAAAAUUUACAAGAUGAUUUUUAUGCGUUUUUAUGUCACUCAUUGUAGUAACGUUACAAUAAGCCUCAAAAAUUUAAUGGCUGGUUAUUUUAAACAGAGCUUUAUUUUGAUGUUUAACAAAACAACAUUACAUUGUGUAAGUCUUUUUGAGUUUUGCCAACCGGAACCCCCCACAUCCUUGCAUCAUUGUUUGGUGUUAACGUAAUCAUGAAGCUAAGGCUUAUUGAUCAUUACAAUCCAAACUAGCGCAUAAACAAACACCUUACACACAAUACUGGAGACUCACAAAAAUUAAUAUCAUAGUGGCUUAAAUUAGUCUACAUUGUUUUAAAUCACCAGUCCUUAACGUUUAGAGUCCGUAAGCAGAAACUUUUUCCUAGUAAAUCAACUCUAUCUUUUGCACACAAUUUUGCUGUUGUUGGUAGUAUUUUUGUGACCUUCAACUUUCGCAGGUGUGCAAAAUCAACAUGAGAGCUUAUUAGCAGCUGUAGUAACUCUCGUGGUCACAGCUGUCAGUCAUCUCUCUAACAUUAAUGUCACAGACAUUUUUACAUUAAUUUACAUGUUGUGUAGAACAGUAUACAGAAAAAUGUAGAUGUAGUUAGUUUGCCCACAUUAUUUGGAGGAAUUUAGUGUUGGUUUUUGAGAAGAGGGAAAACCAUAGUACCCUGAGAAAAAAGGGGGUCUUGAUCAGGCUUAUCAAUUGCUUAAGGCUACGGCUGUAUUCAGUGGUAUAAAAAUAAUAAGUAGACCUUGCAAUAAAUGCAUUUCUACAUUGCACAUCUUUAUUUUUGUCUUUUUAUUCAGAUUGUACAGUUGUAUGUAGUUCUGAAUAAGAAGUUGUUGUUGACCUGUAAUGACUGAUGUUUUGACAAACUUUUCAGAAGUCAACUUUGGAGUCAAAGUGAGUCGUAUAAUACCAUGUGCACUUACUUGCUCGACUCUAAAGAUGACUACCACACAUGUUUUCUAGAUGUCAUUUCACUGUCAACGACAGUCCUAGUUAGGACUUACGUUUAUACAUGUAUGCACACCCUGAUGAACUUACUAAAUUGUUGAACCUACUUGUGAGUGAGAUAGCGUCUGUGUUCAAACCAUUUACACUACACUAUGUUUAUUCAGAGGUUAUGCAGAAAUGGUAGAGAGAAGAUUAAAGGCCUUGGGAUUGGUAGUGGAGCUGCAUUUUCAUGGAACCCAACCAAUUACAGAACUUCUGGAUGACGUAGCUCGUCGUGGUGUGCUGUAUGCCAUUGUUAUAACCAGUCAGCAUGAGAUUCAUCGCUCAGUGACGGUCAACAUUCUACAUGGAAAUCCACAAGGUAAAGAUCAAAAUCUCCUUGCAAGGAUAAAGAAACACACCGGUAAGGGGUUCAUGGGCUGAGGAGAAAACUCUAGCUUAACCCUUUAAGCCCCAGUAUCCACAUACAAAUUCUCCACACAGCUCUAUACAUACAUAUCCUUAAAGAAUAACUGGAGAGAAUUUUGAUAAAAAGAUCAAAGCAUUUCACCUUAGGCCAUUAUUUUAUUUAGUCUCAUAAUCUUCCCUCUUGAUUGUGUUUUGAAAUUGUUGGGAGAAAAUUGAUGUUUGUCUCUCUUGGCACAAAAAGGUUAACCCUAAAAUAAAUGAAAUGAUAUUAAGGAAAGAAGAUGAAAGUGUGAGAGCAUCCACUGCAUCAUUUAUUAAGUGACUGUAUGAUGUUAAUAAUAUUAGACAUAUCACGGAAGUGAUUCAUGAUACAGUGUACGCUAAACAUACAAGUUUGGGAAGUGGUAUUAUAACCACUCUGUACGCUCAGCCUAAGGAUGUUCCAUUAAUUUAAGUCUUGGGAUGUAUAUGUGUAUUACACUGCUGUGUACACGGUGCAUGGAUGGCGUGCAGUUCAACAAGGGCCUGGCUUACUUUACAUGUAUCUUAGAAUGAAAUCUAAAAUAGAAUGACGUAUCAUAAUAUUAAUUUAAAUUGUAAAAUGUAUGAUACAUGUACAGCCUUCUGGGCUUAACUUUUGAUCAAGUUUUUUUAUGAUGUGUCUAAAUUUUUAAUAGUGCUAUCCUAUCCCAUCACACUCUUGUGAUAUGUGAACUGCCAUUUAUGUGGCUCUCUUUCCUAAGGCAAACACUGAUUGCAUGAACCUUUGUUUUUUAACCAGACAGCGGCCAAAAAUUAUUGACUAGCAGGGUUCUGCAAUUUAUACUUGUACACUGUAACCCAUAAACAUUGUUGCAUUGUCAAUGUAACCAUGACAACUGCUGGACUCCUGUCAUUUAUUUUUUCUGUGAAUUUAACUGAAAUCUGCUACAGUAAAAUGCAUGUAUUUCAGCCUUCUAGGAGCCCAACUUAAACAAACUGCAGAACUUUAUUUUCUCAUCAUGAUUACUAGUAAGAAAAUUAUAGCAUUACCUGUACACUUCAUUAGUGUUACUCGUGACGACCUGUCUAUAUUAUGUAUGUACACGAGUGUGUGCUAACAGUGUCAACUCAGUGUUAAAUUUGUUUAUUGCAUUCUAUGUUGUUUCUGUACUUUGUGCACAUGUACAGUACUGUGCAGACUAUUACUUUUGGGUGAACAAAACCAUGCAAAAUGCAGUGGUGCAGAGCAAAGCAGUAAAGAAAAUGAUAUAGCAAUACUGUUAUUAACACAAGUUAUUAUAAAGAAACUUUGACAUAGCUAACAACUUUCUUUUAACACCUAAAUUUUAAAGCUUUUUAUCAUUGAGCAAACUUCUUUAUACCUGCUUGAGCAAGCCCUUCCACCUGUGAAGCUGCCACCUGACUUAAAUUUGCUGUUAUGAAUUUUGAAGUUUUUACCUAGGCCAUUUUUAUUCUUCAUGCUAUUCAUUUUUUCACCCAUUCCAGGGAGGAUUUGCUCUGUUGGAUUACUCCCCUCGCAGAUGUCAAAAGACCUCAAACCACCCUCCCCCAAGCUGAUAAGUACGAAUAAUCCCAAACCCCAAAUUAUGACAUGGAAAUAGCAUAGGAUAUUAUGUGAAGUCUUACAUGAAGUAUAUACCAUCAAAAUUCGUUUAUAUAAGUAAUAACGAAAUUAUCAUCACUCAGUGAUGAAGUAAUAUCUGGAAAAUGCCCCAGAAACCAUGCUAUUAAUAGAAAAAUCGAGAGAAGAAAGGAGACUCCCAGAUGAUCCAGGAGAGUUGCCAUAUUUGCAUUUGUAUAUGCCAGAAACUGUGCUGUGAAUAAAAAUAUUCGCAUUUUGAAGAAAAAUUGGACUUCUGGGUAAUCCAGGAGCAUUGGCAUAUUCAUAUUGGUUUUGUUAUCAUGAUUUAUUAUUAUUUCUACUGUUAUUAUUGUUUAUUUAUUAUUAUGUUUACGUUUUUUUACAGUGAAAAUGAAAUCAUUCAGUAUUACACUUCCAGUCAUUUUGAAAGUAUAAAACCGAAGAUUUACCUAAGAAACAUUCAUCUUAUCAGUUUAUUAUUAUGCUCUUUAUAUAUUAAUGAUUUAGUGAUUACAAAAUACUCACACAACUUGUCCACUACGACGUCUUUGACCUAUGACAAUAAUAAACCUGCUUCAAAGUCACUAUAACAAACAACGACACUACCUACAUACAAUGCUUAUACAGUACAAAAACAGUUAGGCAUUUUCCGUAGUGUAAAUCGUAUAAGAUUACUUAAGAACCAUAUGUCAUCUUAAGUACUGAUUUAUUACUACCAUUUUUGUAUUGAGAAUCACAACCAGGGAACAGUUGGGAACAGUUGUGGUGUAAUAGUUUGUAAAGUGUUGUUUUGUCUGUUUAUACUUGUGCGCCUAUACUAUACCACUUACACUGUUGGUUAGUUUAUGUAAUGUACAGUUCCCUCUCUAGGUUUUUAUGAUAAUUAUGUGAUAAUUUAUUUAAACAAAGCAACGCUCCCAUUUUAUAAACCUUAGGGACAAUUUUUAUCAAACCAAGAUUUUGGCACAUAUCUGUGUAAAUGAUUUAUGUGUUUCAAAUUAUUUGUUAGUAACAUACUACAUUGACUGUUGUGUCAUGUAAUUAUAACACAAGACAUGUUAUGAUCCUUUGUCAAGCGGGACAAUUAAUUUUAAUUGUUUUUAUUUACAUAGGUAUUGCAGGAAGUCUUUUUUGCUUCCACUUCAGUUUGUGCUUUGUGAUGGAUAUUGUGUCCCUUCUAGCUGGAUAGUAAACUUUUAUUAACAAUUGAUAUAUUCAUCCUUUUAAGACAGGCACACCUUCCUUUUUUAAUGCGUUAUGGUAUUACCCCUAGUGCUUGAGUUAGUGCUGCACCAACCAUCAGUUACAAUCCAAAAUUAAUGAAAAAGUUAUCUGAUAUCCCUAGAAGUAUUGUUUGUGUUUGACAAACUGCUGAAUAGUACAGUGCAGGCCAAAACAACGCAAAUGCAAAGUAGAUACACGUAUGGGUCAGCUUGGACGUAAGUACACCUCAGUGCUGACUAGCAUCUGCGUCAGCUCAUAGACGUCAGUCAGGAAAAAACUUUUUUUAUUAUUCGCUAUGACAACUUUCCUUACUUGUUCUAAGGAUAUGAGAGACUUAAACUGUGAUUAAUUGUGAUACUAAAAUUUGGACGACAUUGCUUAGCAUCCCACUGUUAUAUGUAAUUAUAAUUCUAGGUUCAUACACCUGAAGGAUCCCAGCCUUUUUCUUAAGAGCCUAAGACCAGAGCCAGCAUAUUAACAGCUGCAAAACCAGCAUAAAAUAAAAGAAAACUUGUAUACAUGUACAAGAGAAUCAAUAGUUCACGCUUUCCUGCUGAUUUUUGGUGUUGGUCACUGUGUCAUUUACUGCCUCACAAUAAUUUCAUUCUCAGUCGAGUUUUGACAUGCAUUGUUACUAUUGUUAGUGUAUAUAUACAGUUGUGACUUAAAUUAACCAUGGGCCAAAAAAAACUUGACUCACCCCUACACACACAAAAAAACUAAGGGCAAGUAAAUAAUAAAAUGAUGAUAAUUAUUAAUAAAUUACAGUAAUUGAUCCCCCCCCAAAAAAUUGUCAUACCUAAACCUCAACUGCCCAAACAAUAAAAGCUAUUACAGCCAACAAAUGUCUAAAUGAAAAGUAAAUACAGUAUCUGUAUAUAUCUGUAUAUUUAAGUACAUUAAUUAAUUUUUAAGAGCACAUUUUGGACGUGACAUUUAUCAACUUUUCGCACUUGCAAAGAUGUUUAUUGGACGUGCUCCCUUUCCUGAGAAUAAUUUAGAGUUCAAUGUUGCAAAUACAGGGCUCGAAAUUGCGACUGAUAUGGUCCCGAAUUCACGUUACCAACAUUUUCUCCUUGGCGACUAAAUAUUCUGGUUCAGUCACCACUUUGGCGACCAGAUUUCUCUGUUAUUUAGAUUAAAAGUAAAAGAUUAAAGGUGAAAGUAACAUUUCAUGUUAUCUUGCUUUGCUUUCGUCAUAAAAAAAUGUUUACUUCCAAAUUUAUACCGACCUCUGUCUGUGAUAUUUUCAAACAAUUAAAUCUGAUAGAUUGCGCCAUACUAUGAGCUGCAUCAUUUGCAUUAUACAAACUGCCAUUUGGUCGCCAAAAGGCGACCUUAGGAUUUUUUAAAUUUCGAUCCCUGAUUAAUAUGCCUGGUUCAGGCAAUGAAACUCCUGAAUGGAGGGUAUACCCUUCUGACAUUUUUGUGAUUAAUAUUAUUGUAACACUUUCCCAAGAAACCAAGUUUGAUUAAAUUAAAAGAAUAUCAAAUGUAUCGAAAAUUACAUCCCCUUCUUGUAAAUCCUCAACAAAGAUAUUAUAAUCUCACAACCAGGACAAGGAAAAGUGGAUGUCGGAUUCAACCUUAGCUUGGCAGAAAGCACAUAAAAGUGAUUCAACCAUGCCAAAACGAAAAAGUUUCUCAUUCGUAAAUACAAUAUGGAGUAACAUUUUGAACUGAAAUUGCUUCAGUUUGGAUUGUGAUGUUGUUUGAUGCCAAUUGAACUUUUUUUUCCCAGUCGACGGUUAAAUGAGGGUACUUUUGCAGAUACAGUGUAGUGUAUAUAUACAGCUGUGAAUCAAGAUUUACUGUCUCUCCUUUGAACAAAUCUUUUCCAAAAAUUGACAGUGUAAGUGACUUCUUCAGGGAAGCUCAAGAAAGCAGCCUUUACAUCCUCUUUUCUUACACUCUGUUUUGACUUUGAGUAAUUGAACUCCAAAGAUGUGUUGUUAAAUCAAGUUUAGUUUAUUUAUUUCCAUGAACAUUUGGUCUCAGCAAACAUUAUUUUGACCAAAAAUAUUAGCUGGCAGCAUUGCCUAUUUGGGAAAGAUUCUUAAUUAUCUGAAACACUGUUUCUGUUCCAUGUAAAUAUUAUUUAUUUUUGUAAGUCAGUUAAUUCUAAUAUACUCAAUUUUCCCAGGGUUAACAUGUGAUUAAAGUUAAGCCUGAUUCACCCCUUUAACAUAAUGUUAACAACAAAAUGACGUAAACGUACAGAAACGAAAAGAAAUUUUAUUAGUUUAUUAGUUUCAUAUGGAGGGGAACCGUUUGAUGAGUCAUGGAGUUCAUCUUGCAGAAUCAGUUGAACUGCAAUGAAUGCACUUGGCCGACAUUUUGGGUUGUAAUAUACUGUUUUCACAAGUUGAUUUCUGUCAGUAAACAAAUAAGUGUGAAUUUAAGAUAAGAAAAUGAAUUCUUUACUUCUUGAAAAGGUUGGCACUUAUGUAAUUCCUUACAAAUCAGUGGUCCUGAAGAAAACUAGAGAGUGUAAAAUUUAUUCAUGAAAUCUGAAAUUCUAAUAAUGAAAGGACGUGGCAGUAAUAUUAAAAGCUAUUUGCCAAUUUAGAGUAUAAAAAGACUGUUAAGAUAUAACAGGUACUACCGGUUCUUACAAAGACAACACUAGUGGACUCAUAGAUAAUAUACCUUCCCUUUUUUUGGCAAGAAAGGUUCCAGUUAAUAGGCAAUGCAAUUAAAUAUAGAUGUGUGCUUUUCUUGGCAUGACAGUAUUGUGGUAUUGCGUUAUUCUUGGAAUUUCUUUUUACCGUUUUUUUCCUGGCCCCUUUCCACUUAUUAUUAUGAUUAUUAUUGUUGUUGUUGCUUAAUUGUAGUUGUUUUACUAUUUUUAUAGUAAACGUUAUUGCUUUUACUGUUACAUCCCUCUCUAUUUCAGUUUAAUUCUUAGCCUAGUUGAUCCUUGAAGUACCAGGUCCAAACAUGGACUUUGGUUACCAAAGAGUUCACUUAAUUGAUAGAACCCCUGUGCGAGUUCUUGUUGUUGUUGGUACUUUUUUUUAUACUAGGCUGCAUGGGCAUUCUUCCGCACUGGGGUUGGGUGUGUUUUUUUUUGGCUGAGCAAAAAAUCUCCAUUAUAAUAAUGUUUUUCUCUAAUAUCCACAUUUGUAUUGUAUUAUCUUCCUAUUUCAACUGCUCAAGUUAACGGGUGUGGUUUACGCAAUGUAGAUCUUAUUUUGUUGAUGCACUGAAUACAUGUACUUUACAGUUUUUAUUGCCUCCUGGGAAGAUUGAAAUGAACUGUCAAUACCACGGUUCAAGUACACAAAUUCUGCAUUCGAGUACACCAAAACUGCACAAUGACAAGUCAUUUUCUAGAUUUUUCUCCGGCAUUUGCCCCCCAAAUUGUCCCAAAAUUGCGGGUGUUGCAUAAAACUUUUUUUUACGGGAAAAAUAGCACGUAAAUUUGCGGGACCUAAGUAGGUCCCGUAUCCUUGCUACUGAGAGGUGAAAAAAAAGUUUCUUUCUUUACAUACAUAAUUUCAUUGUAAUCCGCUUUGUUAACCUCUGAUGUAUACAACCUCUCAUGUAGCCGUCGUUAAGAAAAAAGUAGAAGAACAAACAUUUCCAGUAAAUAUUGAAGUAAAAUAACGACUGCAUGCAAACCUUAUUUCAAUGAGACGCUUAAAAGUGUUCGAAACCACUAGACACAUUCUUCACUCACUUAUCGUUAGCUUCAAAAAAAUAGAGGGAGUCGUUAAUAAAGUAUUAUAACAAAGUUACGUGUGAGCACGCAAGUUACCUCGUAAAACUGAAACUGCGUUCCAUGCAACACCCGUUAUUGUACCCAUAGCAGAUUCGUAAGUGACCUACUUAAGUGAGCACUAAAGUGCAGGUCUUAAUGCAACCGGGCCGAGGUCCCUACCAAAUCCGCCACAACUUUAUCAUUGUUAUCGUAGCAAGUACACGUUUUUUCGCAGACAUCAAUUUCCGUCAUCAUUGUGAUGUUCACAUUGACUUUUUUUUAUCGUUGUUGUAAUAUGGUUAUAUGUCUCAAUGUCGCAGAAAAAAAAAAUUGGGAGGGGCAAAAAACCCAAAAUUUUCUUCCCUUUCUUUUGUUGUUUAAGUGAUUGCUUGAGACAGUACAAUCCUGGCAUUUCUUCCUUCCAGUAUAUUCUGUCUUUGUUAUUAUUCUGAUUCUUUUCAUUGACAGCUUCUGGGCACGGAAAGACAGGAGGUUCUGUUGGCAAAACUAUUGGGACAUUAUUACCUUUCAGGAUUUGUCCUUUUUACUCUAUUUUUAUCUGAAUCCAGCUUUUAGUCCAAUAGUUUUUUUUUUCAUAAACGUUCCCCCUGUUCUUCUUGCCGGUAUAUAUUUUCUUCAAAAAGUAUGCAAUCUUCCUUGGAUUGUAUGCAGACUUUAGGUUUUGUCAGGGUGAAAAAGGAAGUGGGUAAGGGAAUCAGAGAGAGAGAGAACUGUUUCAAAGUAAUUGUCAAUAGUGCAGUUCUUGUUUUGAAAAAAUAUUUGAAACUCUAAAAAUUAACUUUUUAGCACGCAAAGGCGUUGUUUUCUUAAUUGGUUGACCACUAUGAUAGUAACAGCAGGAAAGUUCCAACUGGAAAUUAGGAUAAAAACCAAAGCAUGAACAAAAAGAAAACAGGCCUUUCGUAAUUGGUACAGAAACCGUCAUUUUGAUACUCCAGCUGUGUAAUUGAUCAACUUGUAAAUUUGCUGGCAGUAGAUGUGAUCGAUGACCACGUUCACAGGAAUGCCAUAGCUUGUCAACCUUUUGCUAUGUUGUUUCUUGUUUCACCUUCCAACCCAUUUUAUCUCCAUACAGAGCAUAGAAACAUGCCUCUAGAUGAUGCUAUGAGACUCGUGGGACAAAAUUUCGAUCAAUACAUGCAAGACCUUCGUGAACGAGCGAAAUCUAGCAACACCCAAGAAAGUAGCAACACCAAGACAACGGCCCCCCAGGAUACCGCGAAGUCGGACAUCACGUCACUCCUUAGUAAGGCAGCCAGUGGUGAAGACCUUUCGGCAGAUCAGCUAACAAAGCUGAUUGACAAUUUGUCCAAACGACAAGAACAAAUUUUGGGAGACUCCGCAGCAGCCAAUGGCAAGGGAGGUAAUGACGCAACAUAUUCUUUUCCUGCACUCAACACAGUUCUUCGUGAAAGAUAAUCUUUUUAUUUCGGUUACUUCUUAUUUGUUUGUCCUCGCAACUGUUCAAGGUUAAGAAUGCAGUCUGUUCAAGUACAAGUGGAUGUGACAACAUUAGCGAGUCACUGCGGGCGGUUAACGUUUGUUUUAUUAUACUGUGCGCGUGACUGGUCCUUAGCCAAAACUACUUACUUUUUAUGAAAAAAAAAGUACGUCAUUGCUAAAACAUUUUCCAUCAUAUACACUACUACAAUUGAAACCGUCUAUGAUGCACAUGACCUUAAUAAUGUUCUAGCGUUACAAAAGGCGUGCAAAACUACUUCCUCAAAAAGGAGUCUCUGGGUUGUUUCCAUUAAAUCCUGGUUGAAUCCUUUUAUGGUCAGUGGUACUGUAAGUUCGUUGAAUUGAUUGUAACGGGACAUUUUCCAGUUCUUAAUGCAAAGGGGGUGUCACAACAAUACAAAAGAAAUAUCUAUUACAUACCAAUACCAGUUCUACCUACUCUUUUACAAACAACUGGUUUAAAUUAUCUACUUUUAUUUUCAAAUUGCACGUUUUGAAUCAUUCCACAAGCGAAUAGUUAAACAAUAAUACUUCUCUCUCCCUCCAGUAAAAGUAAAAAGAAAUGCUCCUCGUGUGAAAAGAAAAAGAAAUGCGUUGAUAAACGUGUAUGGACUUAAUUUUCUCCAAUAAUGGCAACCACCCGGCUUUUUUGCGGUCAGGUCUUUUCACGGUUACUUUGGACGUUACAAACUAGGUUCUUUUGUUAUUGUUCUGUUGGAACUUCGCAAAUGUUUGUGCUCUUAUUUAAAUCUACUGAUAAUUACUUGUACUUGAAGACAAGUUCUCUUUUUGCUAUCGUCGGUUUCUAUUCACAAGCAAACGAAGUGGGUUUUUUGCAUUGGAUCAAAAAGUUGAAGUUAAAAAUAUCACAAAUUAAGGCCAUUAGGCAUGACGGAAAUUGUCAUCCAUUGGCUGUUUUUGCUUUUUUCGUUCUUUUUGCUCAAUUAAUAGUUACUCAUUGUUCAUCUUGGUCCAUUUGCACCUACUUUCUCGCCAGGCGUUACAGUUAGUCAAUCCAGUCAGCCAGCCGUGGAUCCUCAGUCCAUUGCCAAACAACAAGCUGACCUACAAGCGAAGAUAUUAAGCAUUUUGAAUCCUGGUGGUGGUGCUAAAACCGGCAGUAUGCAGAACUCUGGUAGCCUGGCAUCUCAGCAAACAAUUUUACCAAGUCAGAAACAAGGUGCUGUCACUGCACCUGCUUCCCAAGGUGCAGCAAAACCAGCAUCACUGAGCACCACAGUGAAGCCAAUAUUUCCACUGUAUCCAACGCAACAGAAACCAGCUGCUCCUGCGGCUAGCACUGCAGGGUCAGCAGUCAAAGCUCCUGUGGGCACCGCAGCAACAAAGCCUUUGUAUUCCACUCCAUCGAACCAAGCAUAUAAGACGGCGUCACCGUACAGAGCCACUGCUCCUGCAAGCUCCUACAAUGCAAUUGCAACUGUGGCAGGAAACCAAGCUGGAUCGUAUCAGGUCAGCAAGCCAGUGUCCCAAAACACGUAUACAUCGGUGUCGAACCAAGCUACUGCUGCUUCUGCUUCAAGUGCUGUGUAUGGUGUGAAGACAUCUGCUGCCCCGGCAUCCCAAUCCAAUUGGUUACAGAGGAUUAGUCAGCAAUCAUCAGGCACUUCUGCAGCAAUCCCUGUGGUUUCUAAAGUCAGCCCUGGUGGAAAGGCGAUUACAACAGCUGUGGGGUCAAGACCUGCUGUUAACUCGGCACCACGUGCAGGUGCGCCAACUGCAGUCGGUGGUGUAAGACCAGUUCCCACCGCAGGUGGCCAGAUGAGAACUCCUUCUCCUGGUUUGCUUGGGCCGCCUCCUGUAGGAACACCGAGGUUUAGAACAUCUGGAAUUGUAAGGACCCCAACAUCUUCAGGGACGCCGGGCGUGCGGAUGGUUGCUCCAAGAGGCCCUUCGCCGGUUGGUCGGGGCGUGGUCAGGACGUCUUCCCCGGCCGGUUUACAAGGUCAGACUGUUGCUUCUCGAGGAGGAGCAAUCUCAGUUCGAGGUGGAGUUGCCGGUGCAGGUGGAACCUCUGCCACAGGUCGUGGAAGUUUUGCCACUCAAGCCACCACCCCAAGAGGUGGCUCUGCGCAGAGAGGUGCUGUUAUUGUUCGUGGCACUCCUACUCCUCGGGGUGCUACCCGUGGUGUCCCAGCUACUCGUGGUGCCCCGUCUACUCGUGGUGUGCCUCUGGCUCGUGGUGUGCCUGUGGCUCGUGGUGCUCCUGCCACUCGUGGGGCUCCAGCACCUCGUGGUGCCCCUGUCUCAUCCAGUGGCGCUCGUGGUACUCCUGUUACUCGUGGUACACCUUAUUUGCGCGGUGCCCCUACUGGUCGUGGUACUCUGGCGACUCGUGGCUCUCCCAUAGGUACAAUAACCUCCAAUCGUGGUGCUCCUCGAGGCAGGCCAAUGAUGCGAGGCGGACCUCCAUAUCGUGGUGGGGGACGCGGCGGAUAUUGA